GGUGCCUUUUUUUCCUCUUAUUCUUCAAAUGCGGUUCGCUAUCUUCACAUCGUGCGUGAGUGCAGUUGCUGCAUUCACGGCGUUCAACUCACCGACCGCGCCGGGCAAUUAUGGGCUCCCUGCGGAGAAGCCAGAGUUUACUGGUGAAGUCGCACACAGUCUGCCAGAGGUGAAUGUGCGCUACCACUUCCCGGCGUUUGAUGCUGCCUCUGCUAUGUCUUCCAUGGAAACCGGUUUGGCUUUGGACAAUCGCAUCGCUGCUGCGGCCCAAGAAUUGCGCUCUGACAAGGUGAACAGCGGCGUUGUUUUUUAGAUAUUUGCUUGAAAAACUGCAUUCCGUGCCAUGUCCUCAAAUACUGAAUGGCUGAAGUAUUCAAUGACUAUCAUCACAAUCCAGGCUCUUUUGGCAGCGCUGACCCCGUCCAG